AUGAAUGAUAAAAUUUUAAAUCUUUAUAUCGAAGUGAGGCAAAAAUAUAAAAAAAAUGACGUUAGUUCUGACGAACUUGAAAAAAAAAUAAAUGAUGCUCUUAAAAAACAGGUAAUUAUGACCGAAGACUUGUUAAAAAUUGAUGACUUGUUGUCAUGUGUGGAAUAUGUAAGGGUGUUCAGUGAUGCAGAUCACAGGAUUAAAAUUAAUUUUUCCGAUGAGAAUCUCAAAAAACAUUAUUAUUUCUAUCGUGCGUGGGAAAAUUCUCCUGAAGUGGAUUCAUUGGAUGAUGAAAAUGAUGAGGUACCUGCUUCACUAAAUUGGUGUCUACCUAAUGCUUCGUUAGAAGGAUUGUGGGAAAGUUUGGUUUUGGAAGAGGGUAUAAAAAAACAAUUAAUGUCUUAUGUUCAAACAAUUUUGGAGUAUUCUAGUAGGAAUGUAAAUCCUAAUAUUGUUCAUUGGAAUGGUGUGGUUUUAUUGCAUGGACCACCAGGAACUGGAAAAACAACAUUAUGUAAAGGUUUAGCUCAAAAGCUAUCGAUUAGGUUAAAAUCAAAAUAUAAGACUUGUCAAUUAAUUGAAAUAAAUGCACACAGUUUAUUUUCGAAAUGGUUUUCCGAAAGUGCAAAACUCGUUUUAAAAAUGUUUACAGCAGUAAAACAAUGGCUUAAUUCAAAGGAUCAUUUUGUAUGCAUAUUAAUAGAUGAAGUAGAAAGUUUAACACAUGCAAGAAAGGCAAACGGUUUGGAACCAUCUGAUUCGAUAAGAGUUGUUAAUGCAGUUUUAACACAAAUCGAUCAACUUCAAAGGUAUCCAAAUGUAUUAAUAUUAGCAACAUCGAAUGUGACCAACACAAUAGACAUUGCAUUCUCAGACAGAGCAGAUUUAAAACUUUUGCUUGCUCAUCCAUCAAUGUGGGCAAUUUAUAAAAUAUUAUCAUCAUGCAUAGAUGAAUUAAUCGAUUGUAAAUUAAUAAAUGGUUCAAAAAGUGAUUUUUUCACAGUUGAUAUAUACAAGAAUGAAUACGACGGUAACGCCAUGACAAAAGUAUUAAAUAAUAGUAAUUUUUUAAAAGAUGUUGCUCAAAUAUGCACAGGUUUAAGCGGUAGAGCAGUAAGGAAAAUUCCAUUUUUAGCUUCAGCUAAAUUUGCUAAUCAUCCGAUUCCAGAUCUUAAAACAUUUUUAAAAGCAAUGAUGGAUGUUUCGAAAGAAUACAUAACAAACGAUUCCAGGUAUUUUUAUACUGAAAAUUCUAUAAACUCUCAUUAA